AUGGCAUUUGCAAUUGUUGAAGGUGAGACAAAGGAGGCCAUGAUAUGGUUCUUUCAACUAAUUCGAGAACAUCUUUGCCCUCAACCAAAUAUUUGCAUCAUCACUGACAGAGGAAAGGGUAUCUUNUCCGCCCUAAGAUCAGAAGAAGUUGGUUGGGAGGAAGAUGUUAACAUAACUGUACAAAAUUACUACAUCCUUAUAGCUUAUGAGGUCAAGCAACCUAUUGUUACGGCAAAACUUACUGCACUAAGACACCAUUACCCACAACAAGUUGCUUGGAUAGAUAAAAUUCCAUUAAAUAAAUGGUCUCAAGCUUUUGAUGGAAGGAGAAGAUAUGGACAUAUGACCACUAAUCUAGCUGAGUGCAUGAACUCAGUUUUAAAGGGAGCACGNUCAUUACCAAUUUGUGCACUCAUCAAAACAACAUUUGAGAGGACANAAUCCUGGUUUCUUGAACGAGGACUAAGAGCACAGUACAUGCUACAAGCAGGCCACCAAUUUCCUGAAGAAAUCGCUGACAUUAUUAGGAAAAAUCAACAACAAUCANCAUAUUGUCAUGUUCAUCGCUACAACCGUGAAAAUUCAGAAUUUGAUGUUCAAGAAAUAUCAACACCUCACCAAUAUCGCCCACAUCCAAUUUCCUAUAAGGUCAGGCUAAAUGAAUGGUGGUGUGAUUGUGGUCACUUCCAAGCUACUCGUCUCCCAUGUCAUCAUGUCAUUGCAGUUUGUGCAAGUUCGCAUAUACCACUAACCCAAGUAAUCGAUCCAGUGUAUACCCUUAAUAACAUUUACAAGNCAUACGAAGUACAAUUUCACCCAAUCCAAAAUGAAGAUUAUUGGUCUGCGUAUACAGGUCCAAACUUCAUACCAGAUCCUCAUACGCGGCGCAAGGCAUCCGGAAGACCGUCUACAAAAAGGAUUCCUAAUGAGAUGGAUGAAUCCACUCCGGAUCAGCCCAGAAAAUGCUCUUACUGUCGCAACCAAGUCAAAUCUGCCUAUUUCCGUACAAAAGCCGAGGAUCGAAGAUGGCGGAAACGUUCCAGUUGCACCUGUAUAGCUGCUGGGCACAGAGCGGUGGUUGAGAGUGGGAGUAUGGCAAAGCGAUGA